AUGGCAGCGCCCGAAGCAGCAGCGAAGUCGCAGCGCUCGAAAUCGGCGCAACCGGGCAAGAAGCGCAUUAACUGGCCGGUUGCAAUCACCGAGGCCCUCAUCAGGAUUUGGGAGGACAAUUUGCAAGCGUUGCGCUCGAAUACGAGAAACGCGGCCAUCUACGCCGCAAUGGCAGAGCAGCUGAACGCCGGGGCCGGGCUUCGGAGUGGCGAAGAACCGUACACGGCAAAGCAAAUUCGCCAGAAGCUGGAAAACCUGAACAAACAGUACCGGAAGCUGAAGCAAAGUGGCACGACCACCGGAUCCAAAGGUGUUGAGUGGCCCUUCUACUGGCAACUCCAUAAUUUCCUGGGGUCCCUGCCCAUCAAUAAUGAGUUCCUGGCGGAGGAAAAUGUCGAGGUAAAUUGCAACUCCUAG